UCGCCAUGUUCACAAACCCGCAUGAUGGCGAAAGGAGUGUACUGACGGUAGUUGGGAUUUUGCUGAGUUUUGACAGAACGUCAUAAUGUGCAGUUAUGCGAUCGACGAUGGAUAUUUCAGGAGAACUUGUGUACAUUGUGUCUAGUGCUGGAUAAUAUUUCUAGUGGAUUAUACGAAGAGGGGCGGCCUAUUUGUUAGUCUGAUAGAGCACUCGUGCAACCUUCCAUUCAUUGUCAGGGUAGAAGAUAUCCUGUACUGAAUCUUCAAAUUUCAGACGAAAAGUCAGUGGAAUAAUUAUCAUCGCCCGGAAAUUCUGUCACUACACAGAAGCUCACCAUGGAUGGAAAUAUAAGUGUUGAGAAAGACUGCAGUGCCCUUGGCGGUCUUUUCCAAGCGGUUAUCAACGAUAUGAGGGGAAGUUCGCCAAUAUGGGAGGAUUUUACUUACAAGGCAACGAAAAUGCAUUCUUCUCUGAAAUCCACCCUCAUAGCGAUCAGCGCCUUCCUGGAUGCCUUUCAGAAAGUGGCAGAUAUGGCCACCAGCUCUCGAGGAGCAACCAAGGAGAUUGGAUCAGCUCUGACCCGACUGUGCAUGAGACACAGAAGUAUAGAAAGCAAACUCAAGUCAUUCACAGGAUGCAUGCUGGAUACCUUGGUCGCACCGAUUCAGGACAAGCUGGAGGAAUGGAAGAAGGUCGUAGCUCAACUGGAUAAGGAUCAUGCUAAGGAAUAUAAGAAAGCCAGACAAGAAAUAAAGAAAGCAGCUUCAGACACAGUCAGAUUACAGAAGAAAGUGAAGAAAGGCAAGGGUGACAUUCAGAGCAGACUGGACAACGCCAUGCAGGAUGUAAACGACAAGUACCUCCUUUUGGAGGAAUCUGAAAAGAGCUGUGUGCGGACAGCCCUCAUCGAGGAGCGGGCCAGAUACUGUGUCUUCGUCAGUGCUCUCAAGCCGUUUGUUGACAAUGAGAUCAGCCUCCUCACAGAGGUCACGCACCUCCAGGAGAUCAUCGACAGCUUGUGUAAUCAGAGUUCCGACCCCAGUACACUGCCGCCAUCUAGUGAGCAGGUGAUCAUGGACCUGAAGGGGGUCGACCACAGCGUGUGGAACUUUCAGGUAAAGCAGACGCCACCAAGUUCACCCAGCUCACUAGGAUCGCGCAAGUCUAGCAUGUGCAGCAUCAGCAGCAUUAACAGCUCCUCCAGCGGCUCCACGCAGUCGCACUCGCCCAGCCACCACAACGUGCGCAACCGCACAACUUCACAGCAACCGACCGUGGGAACUCAACGCUUAAUGAGCGUGUCAUCACAGGACUCCGGCUUCACGUCCCAGGAUACGCUGUUCUUGCGGCCCACCACUCCCCUAUCCCUUAAUCUGCCACAGAACUCGGACAAGGACAGUACUAGUACUGGUACCCCUGACGUUGACUCCACCCCAACCACACCCUCAGAACACUACCCCGCUACCCCGUCUGCCAGCUCCACAUGGAACAACUGGCCUAAUGCCCCCAACAGCGCGCUCAGAAGGGAGAUGACUUCCGCCCACACACGAUUUCGUCUGCCUAUGAAAAGUCACAUCACAAUCGCCCAGCUCUGA